AAUAUUUGUCAAUGAACUGUACUCAUAUUGCUUUAUUAACGCUAAACACCUCUCUGAAGAAAUUGCCUUCUUGAAUUUUAUGAUUUUUUUAAUUGUGGAUAUUCCAACCAUUCAUAACACUUGUUACACGAAUUGUCAUCGUGUAAGAGACUUCAAAAAAUGAGUAGUAUUUGUCUCGCAGCAGGUUGUGAAACAUAAUGGAACAACUCAUGCUGCUUUCAUUUCAAGUCAAUUUCGUCGUUACCGCUUCGAGCGCUAGAGGGCAACAGGAGGAAUCCCCAACCAUUCCGAAUUGUGCUUUGCUAGGCCGGCCGGCGGCGCUAAGUAGCUCUUCAACCUUUGAUCCUCCGACUAAAGAGAUGGCAUUGGGAAGUACAAACAAAAAAACUGUCCGUAUGAUAACGUGUUUGCGUGAGCGAGCGGCAGUAACAAAUAUGGAUGGAACCGUAUACCUUUACACCAUUACACCUUAAACAAAAACAAUGCCAAUGGAGAUGAAGAAGGAUGCUUGAUGAAGCAUGACCACUACCGUCCUGCAGAAUCAGCCAGCCGUUGGCGUCCUAACUUUCCUUCUGCUAAAAACUUGUCCACUCUGACUCCAUCCUAAGCGGAUUUCACGCCAAAGUUCGUCGCAAGCGGAGAAAGACGUCAGGCAUAAUCGUGAGAUCGACAGAUCUAUCACGGACAUCACGUAUUUUCAAUUAAAAAGGAUUACAA